AUGGUGUCCAACGGGGAGCUGUCGCAGCCGCAGGCGGGGGAGUACGGCCUCGCCGUCAUGCGCCGCCGGCCCAAGACCAAGAUCGUCUGCACGCUCGGCCCGGCCUCCCGCUCCGUCGACAUGAUCGAGAAGCUGCUGCGCGCCGGCAUGUGCGUCGCCCGCUUCAACUUCUCCCACGGCUCCCACGACUACCACCAGGAGACGCUCGACAACCUGCACGCCGCCAUGGACCGCACCGGGAUCCUCUGCGCCGUCAUGCUCGACACCAAGGGUCCAGAGAUCCGUACUGGAUUUUUGAAAGAUGGGAAGCCUAUCCAGUUGAGGAAGGGCCAAGAAAUUGUGAUCUCCACAGAUUAUAGCAUAAAGGGGGACGACAAGAUGAUAUCGAUGAGCUAUAAGAAGCUAGCAGUUGAUCUGAAGCCAGGCAGUGUCAUAUUAUGCGCUGAUGGUACCAUCACUCUUACAGUGCUUCAUUGUGACAAAGAGCAAGGUCUCGUUCGCUGCUGUUGUGAGAACACUGCUAUGCUUGGUGAGAGGAAGAAUGUCAAUCUUCCAGGGGUCGUUGUUGAUCUGCCAACACUCACUGAAAAGGACAGGGAGGAUAUCCUUCAAUGGGGCGUCCCGAACAAGAUUGACAUGAUUGCUUUGUCGUUUGUCCGCAAAGGUUCAGAUCUUGUGGAGGUCAGGAAGGUACUUGGGGAGCAUGCCAAGUCAAUAAUGCUGAUGUCAAAGGUUGAGAACCAGGAAGGAGUAGCUAACUUUGACGAUAUCCUGGCACAGUCUGAUGCUUUUAUGGUGGCAAGAGGUGAUUUGGGGAUGGAAAUUCCUGUAGAGAAGAUCUUUUAUGCACAGAAGGUGAUGAUUUUCAAGUGCAACAUUCAGGGCAAGCCAGUUGUGACUGCAACCCAGAUGUUGGAGUCUAUGAUCAAGUCUCCUCGGCCUACUCGAGCGGAAGCAACUGAUGUGGCCAACGCAGUUCUUGAUGGCACUGACUGUGUGAUGCUCAGUGGUGAGACAGCGGCUGGGGCUUAUCCAGAACUGGCAGUGCAAACUAUGGCCAAGAUCUGCUUGCAGGCCGAGUCAUGCGUGGACUAUUCUGCUGUUUUUAAAUCAAUCAUGUCAUCAGCCCCGAUUCCCAUGAGCCCAUUGGAGAGCCUUGCCUCAUCAGCUGUCCGCACAGCCAACUCAGCCAAGGCGACGCUUAUCUUGGUACUGACCAGGGGAGGAACAACUGCAAGGCUUGUAGCCAAGUACAGGCCAUCCAUGCCGAUACUGUCUGUGGUGGUUCCUGAGCUCAAGACGGUCGAGUUUGACUGGAUCUGCAGCGACGAGGGGCCUGCCAGGCAAAGCCUCAUCGUGAGGGGCGUGAUCCCUAUGCUCAGUGCUGGCACUGCCAAGGCGUUUGACAGCGAAGCCACGGAAGAGGCACUGAGGUUUGCCAUGAAGAACGCCAAGGAGAUGGGCCUUUGCAACGCUGGUGACUCCAUUGUGGCCCUUCACCGCAUCGGGAAUGCAUCUGUCAUCAAGCUCUUGACCGUGUAA